CCCAUUUUGAGACAGAGUCUAACCAAAGUCUUUCUUCCUCAGCAGUGUGAGGGACAUAUUUAUCCGCCAAGAUGUGUUGUGCCGGCUUCCUCAAGAUGAUGAUGUUCCUCUUCAACGGGAUCAUUUUUCUGGCCGGAGCUGCCAUUCUCGCCGUGGGAAUUUGGUUCAGGGUGGAUGGUGAAUCUCUGCUGGGCUUAGUGAACAGCAUACCGGGCGCUCCAUCCGAGCUGUCCCUCCUCGCCAACAUCAGCUACCUGCUCAUCGGAGUGGGCGCCUUCCUGCUGAUCAUCGGCUUCCUCGGCUGCUGUGGAGCCAUCACCGAGAGCCGGUGUAUGUUGCUGACGUUUUUCUGUAUCGUGCUGAUCUUAUUCCUGGCAGAGGUGGCAGGAGCAGUGGUCCUCCUUGCGUUCAAUGGUGUGGUGGAAGAUGCACUCAAGACGGUCGAGGUAAAGGUUGUGAAUAGCAUUAAAGGCAAAUACGGGGCAGACGCUGACUUCACUCAGUUCUGGGACGUCACCAUGGACAAGCUUUCAUGCUGUGGAUACACAAACUACACUGAUUUUGAGGGCUCCCCGUUUAAUAGAAACGGCAGCAUUCCAUCUCCAUGCUGCACUGGAACCAGUGACAUGUGCGCUGAAGCCAACGCAAUGGAAUCUAACGUCAAUGGUUGCUAUUACAGACUGUUGGCGCUGAUUGAGGAGAACACACCGAUCGUUGCAGGCGUGGCUCUCGGGGUCGCCGCUCUGGAGAUUGCUGCCAUGACGGUGUCCAUGAUUCUCUACAAGAAGAUUGGUGCAGACGCAAGACAGAAGUGAACAAAGUGACUGAGGGGAAAAAAAAAACUCAACAUGUUUGUAAAGUUUGUUACUUGUGUUUGAGCGAAGAUGAACAUGAACAAUUCCCAAUUGUAGAUCAAUAAGAAUGGAGGCCAUGCACUUUCGGAUCGGGUCGGGCAACACUAUUUAUUGUCUAAUUUACAUACAAUUCACAAUUGUACUUCUUUACAUAUUUUGUCAAAAGCUGGUGAUAAUAUGGUGUCAUUUUACGC